AUGGAUCCCAGCGUCGAGAAGGACAGGAAGCAGAUGGAUCAUGAGCUCGUCGACGUCGAGAGCGGCCGCCCCGACGACGACGCGGCGACCGUCGAGCGGCAGGACUCGCUGUUCCGGGAGGUGGUGAGAGCCGAGCACGGCGGCCACUGGGACGAAGAGGGCGGCUGGGGGAGGACGGCGCGGCUGGCGUUCCAGUGCGUGGGGAUCCUGUACGGCGACAUCGGGACGUCGCCGCUGUACGUGUACUCCAGCACCUUCGAGCACGGCGUCGGCCACCCCGACGACGUCGUCGGGGUGCUCUCCCUCAUCAUCUACAGCUUCCUGCUCUUCACCGUCAUCAAGAUCGUCUUCGUCGCUCUGCAUGCCAAUGACCAUGGAGACGGAGGAACAUUUGCACUCUACUCGUUGAUUUCACGGCAUGCGAAGGUCAGUCUGAUCCCUAACCAUCAGGCGGAAGACGAGCUCAUCUCCGGGUACAGCAACAACAGCGGCGGGAAGCCGUCGGGGACUCUGAGGAGAGCCCAGUGGCUGAAACAGCUGCUCGAGACGAGCAUGUCGGCCAAGAUUUCUCUCUUCCUGCUCACCAUCCUUGCAAUUGCCAUGGUCAUCAGCGACGCUGUGCUAACGCCUCCCAUUUCUGUAUUGUCAGCCGUAGGCGGUUUGAGAGAAAAGGCACCUCAUCUUACAACAGAUCAAAUAGUGUGGAUAACAGUAGCAAUUUUGGUGGUAUUGUUUGCGAUCCAGCGCUACGGGACUGAUAAAGUUGGCUACACUUUUGCACCAAUCAUUCUCCUGUGGCUGCUCCUGAUUGGAGCCACUGGCCUCUAUAACCUGAUCAAGCAUGACAUCGGUGUCCUGAAGGCAUUCAACCCAAAAUACAUCAUCGACUAUUUCCGAAGGAACAAGAAGGAAGGAUGGGUCUCGCUUGGUGCCAUUCUCCUUUGCUUCACAGGAUCAGAAGCACUUUUUGCUAACCUAGGAUACUUCAGCAUCAGAUCAAUUCAGCUAAGCUUUAGCUUUGGCUUACUCCCAUCGGUAUUACUCGCUUACACUGGACAAGCAGCAUUCUUGAGUAAGAACCCGGAGAAUGUUGCCAAUGCCUUCUUUGCAGCUACUCCAAUCUCCUUGUUCUGGCCAACGUUUAUCAUGGCGAUUGCUGCAUCCAUCAUAGGAAGCCAAGCAAUGAUAUCUUGUGCCUUCGCAACAGUUUCUCAUUUGCAAUCACUGAGUUGCUUCCCAAGGGUUAAGAUAUUGCACACAUCAAAGCGAUUCCCAGGCCAGCUGUACAUCCCUGGAGUAAACUUCUUGUUAUGUGUGGCUGCUUGUAUCGUUACUGUUAGUUUCAAGACAACCGUUAUUAUUGGAAAGGCUCACGAACUUUGUGUUAUCCUGGUGAUGAUCAUCACAACACUCCUGAUGACAAUAGUGAUGCUGUUGGUAUGGAAGACCAGCAUCCUGUGGAUCGCUCUCUUCUUCGUCACGUUCGCGUCGACGGAGGCCGUGUACCUGUCGUCCGUGCUGUACAAGUUCACGCAUGGCCCGUACGUGCCCGUGGCCAUGUCGGCGGUCCUCAUGGCGGUGAUGGCCGUGUGGCACUACGUGCACGUCGGGAGGUACAGGUACGAGCUGGAGCACACGGCGUCCGCCGACGAGGUGAGGCAGCUGCUGGAGCGCCGCCGCGGCGACCUCAGGAGGGUCCCCGGCGUGGCGCUGUUCUACACGGAGCUGGUGCAGGGCAUCCCGCCCAUAUUCCGGCACCUCGUCGAGAAGAUCCCGGCCAUCCACUCGGUGCUCGUCUUCGUCUCCGUCAAGCACCUGCCGGUGCCCCACGUCGGCAGCUCGGAGCGGUUCAUCUUCCGGCAGGUCGAGGCGAAGAGGAAGGAGGAGGAGGAGUACAGGGUGUUCCGUUGCGUUGCGCGGUACGGGUAUCGCGACGCCCUGGAGGAGGAGGCCGGGGACUUCGUUGCGACGCUGGUUCAGAAUCUCCAGCGAUACAUACGCGAUGCUAGCCUGUACUGCACGCCUGAAGAUGGUGAGCCACACGGCUGCAUCAGCUGUCGUAGCUCUCUCGGCCAUAGCUUCGUCUCCCAUGAGACGAAGCCGUCUGGACGGCACGCCGUGCAUGCCGAGGACAUGCUUACACCGAUCGAGUCCUUCUCUGAGAUCGCCACGGCUCACUCUAAUUGUGGGAGCAGCCAUCUGCCACACUUGAAGGCAUGCAAGAUGAAUAUGGAGGAGUUGUUGAAGAUUGAACAAGAGCAGCUGUUCAUUGAGAAGGAGAUGGAGAAAGGUGUUGUUUACAUUCUUGGAGAAACCGAGGUGGUGGCAAGGCCUCACUCGUCGCUUCUGAAGAAGAUGGUAGUGAACCACAUGUACUCCUUCUUAAGGAAGAACUUUGUCCAAGGGCAGAAGAUGCUGUUUAUUCCCCAUAGGCAGUUGCUCAAAGUUGGGAUCUCAUAUGAAAUUUAGGGUGUUAAAAAAAUGGAAAUAUAUAUAAACAAAAUACGUGGUUAAUUAGUAGGUUUGAAGACAAAUGUAUAGAUAUUUGUCUUUGUAAAGCAAUAAUAAAGUAGUCACAUAUGUGGACGAGUGAUAAUUAAGCUAUGAUGCUGCGCACGAACGAGCUGUGUUCAAGUGCGGCUAGCUUUUGACGUCAAGGAAAUUAUAUAUUGUUGUA